GAGGCCAAGUGGAACUUCAAGGGAACGAGUUGCACUCGUCGCAGUGGUAUAAGUAGGCAUAUAUUUGCUUAUGUACCGUGUGACGCUAGUACCGUUUUAUCUCAUCAUUCCAGGAGCCAACUAGUCACAACUUAAAAAGAGGACAAUCAUGAUGACGAUUUGAUCACUAGCACAUCGGAUUUCCCCCUCUAUACCCUGACGGUCUUAUCACAUACUUCCAUUUGGUCUUAGAAACCCCCGCAAAACAUGGAAGGGCUUGAUGAUGCCAGCGGCUCUUCCAACUUUGACCUUCUAGCAUCCUUCAGCUCGCUAUCCAAAGACACUGAGAAGUGUUCAUAUCUUGAGAAGGGUCAACGGUACCGAAAGAUCUCCCUAGAACUACUCUAUCAAUGUCAGAGAUAUUCCAACCAGUCUCAACUGGAUGUUGGAGAGGACAUCGACAGAAUGGAGAACCUUAUUUUAAGACUAAACGCCAUGGCUCUCCGACUUGAACAACAAAGAAAGACGUUCGUGUGGAACCCGAGGAGGUUAAUAAAAAUGUAUCGCACACGUCGUGAAUUUGCCGCACAAAGCCUUGAGGUGCUGAAAUUGACGAAAAGUACUUCAGAUGAUAUUCUGAGGAGGAGAAUAUACAGCGCAGAAAAUCGUGAGGCAAUUAUCAAUUAUACAGCAAGCUACUUCACGGCUGUAGACAGUAUUAUUCAAGGCGACGUAACGAGUGAAGAUGAGGCUAACGACGACGGACCAGAUGCGAAAUUUGAUCAAAACGAUCAGCAGGUCCUAACACAAGUGCAAGGUUUCCAUGAGGCUCUUCAGUCGAUACCCGUCAAUCAGCUUAAAGCAUCGACCGUAAUUAUAAAUCAAGAUGUUUUCAUCCAAAGUGUUGUAAAUCAAGGGUCCAGUACAAAUUCCUCAGUUAUUGUGGGUGGGUCAUACAACAGGGGUGGAGGCAAUCAACAUAAUAAUACAUCCUCUUCUCAACCAUUUACGGUGGAUCGUUAGUUACAGCUCGACUUUUUGAUGAAGCCGCAGCUCGGCAGAAUAUUAUUUGACUCCCGCUU